CUUCCCCUGCUGAAGUUUAUGGCUUCGUGACAGGCACCUGACUGAACAAUAACCACAGCAAGUACUUAAGCAGAGUACAGAGUGACAGUUAUCCAUCUCCAGCCAGUGGCUUCAAGACAUCCUACACACACAGAAUGAAGUUGUUGGUAGUUGUGGCUGCUGCUCUGGCAGUGGCGAGUGCCGCUAGCCUCUCAUUGGAGGACUUGGAGUUCCAUGCCUGGAAACUGAAGUUUGGGAAGUCUUACAGCUCUCAGGUGGAGGAGGCUCAGCGUAUGAGCUCCUGGAUCUCUAACCGGAAGCUGGUAGUGGUUCACAACAUGCUGGCUGACAAUGGCAUCAAGUCCUACCGUCUGGGCAUGACCUACUUCGCUGACAUGGAUAACGAGGAGUACAGACGCGUCAUCUCCCAGGGCUGCCUGGGCUCCUUCAACGCCUCCAAGGCCCGCGGCGGCUCUACCUUCUUCCCAAUGCUUGGGGACAACGACCUGCCCACCACCGUGGACUGGAGGGACAAGGGAUACGUCACCCCCAUCAAGGACCAGAAGCAGUGUGGCUCCUGCUGGGCAUUCAGUGCGACUGGAUCUCUGGAAGGCCAGCACUAUAAGAAGACCAAUAAGCUGGUGUCCCUCAGUGAGCAGCAGCUGGUUGACUGCUCCGGUGAUUUCGGCAACAUGGGCUGCAUGGGCGGUCUCAUGGACCAGGCCUUUGAGUACAUCAAGUCCUUGGCCCCUGGAGGCGUGGAUACUGAGGACUCCUACCCCUACCAGGCUGAGGACAAGAAGUGCCGCUACAAGCCCGACAGUGUGGGUGCCACCUGCAGCGGGUUUGUUGAUGUGACCAGUGGUGACGAGAGUGCACUGCAGCAGGCGGUGUCCACGGUGGGACCGGUGUCUGUGGCUAUCGAUGCUGCACACUCCUCCUUCCAGCUCUACGACUCAGGUGUCUAUGAUGAGCCAGAGUGCAGCAGUGAUGAUCUGGAUCAUGGUGUGCUGGCUGUUGGCUAUGGCACUAGUGAUGACGGCCAGGACUACUGGCUGGUGAAGAACAGCUGGGGCCUUGAAUGGGGAGAUAAAGGCUACAUCAUGAUGUCCAGGAACAAGCACAACCAGUGUGGCAUCGCCACCGCUUCCAGCUACCCCCUGGUCUAAGGAUCCAGGAGAGGAUAUCUGAAGCUUACGGAGGGUGAGAGGAUAUCUGAAGCUUACGGAGGGUGAAGAUGACUUGACACAGACAAAACCAGAGCAAUAAUUUAAGCAAAUUUUAGUUUUUGUAGCAAUAACCAGAAUUUUUAGAUGUUGUGCAUUAUUUCUUUGGUAGUUGAGGGUCACACAUUUCAUUAUACAGUAACCCCCAGAAAAUAGUCCUGUUCUAAGAAUGUUAUUCAUGCGCAAAAAAAACACUAAAAAUCAUUCUGAUUUUCAAAUGUAAAUAAAUGUAAAAAAUGAAGAAAAUAAAGGUUUUACACCUGUGCAGCUA